CACAGACUGAUUAAGAACUGAAGCGCGAGAGCGACACAGACGCAGAUCUUCACACAGCUCAAGAACAAGACGCACUACUGCUGGAAUAAAACCAUGAUGACCAUGGAGAGACCACUAAUGCUAUUAAGCCAUCUGAAAGAGUCCGGGUUUGGUGUUCCGCAUCCCAGACACGGACUGAACUUGCUGUGGUGGUUCGUGCAUGAAUGUAUGGACAUGCCCGCAAAGGAAGCGCGCUGCAACCCCGCAAAUGGAGACUUCGGCUUUUAUCGACUCCAUAAUGUCAUUGGACUUCUUCCAUACACCAUUUUACCAUUCUACGAGGUGGGCAACGUGUACUCCACCGACUCCUUGCCUGAUUACGUUACUGAGCAUUUCACGGGACGUCCAGAUCUUAGUAAUUUCGAUCGCAUCAUUGUUUCUUACAACCCGAGAAGCAACAGGUUUGCCGAGGUUUAUGUGACGCGACACAUCGAUCGGAGUCACUUUGACCGGGAUCACACUUUCGAGGUUAGCUAUAUUCUGAGUGAAAUAUAUGAGAUGAACAACCGUGAAGAUUUCCUCAGAGAGAUGAAUUAUCUGACUCCCGAUCAGACGCGCGUCCGCCAAAUUAACACGGAAGAAAUGUUCACAUCUUCAGCUCAGUCACUGCACAGUCCACCCAUAAUGAGUCAAAUGAGCCACGAAGAAGUGACUGAUGAGAUGAGUGAUCAGAUUCAAAAUGACAACAUACAAGGACAUUUUACAGCUUCACCUCAGUCUCAGAGUCUCAGACCACUUCAGACUGACUACAUCACACCUGCUGCUAUUCUUGCAGUGUCCUUUGUCUUUGCUGGCCUCUGUUUUUGUAUCCGAAAAUACUAUGAAGUGGGAAACCUGAACUACACCGCUUCACUGCCGGAUUAUGUCACUGGGAAUUACACUGGACAUUCAGAUGACAGCAACUGUGAUCGCAUCAUUGCUUCUUACGACUCGGGCUGGGAUAUGUUUGGCGAGAUUUACGUGACACGACACUCGGAUCAGAGGAACUUUGACCAGAAUCACACUUACCGAAUUAGCACUGAUCUCCUGAAGGCUAUAAGUUUACAGAAUAACCUCACUGCAGAGUCUGAGAUCACACCAGACUAA